AUGUCUGCAUAUGUAGAGAUUGUCUUUGAUAAUACGGAUGGACGCUUACCUGUGGAUGAUAAUGAAGUUACAUUACGACGUACGAUUGGUAUAAAGAAGGAUGAAUUCUUUUUAAAUCGAAAACACAUUACAAAGACUGAUGUGAUUCAUUUAUUAGAAAGUGCAGGGUUUUCACGUUCGAAUCCAUAUUAUAUUGUACAACAGGGUAAAGUCAAUGCUCUUGCUGUUAUGCGUGAACGAGAGAGAUUGGAACUACUGAAGGAAGUUGCAGGUACUAAAGUAUACGAAGAUCAAAGAAUUAAAUCACUGAAGAUUCUACACGAGACACAGACACAGCGAGAAAAGAUUCAGGAAGUGGUGAAUUAUAUUGAAGAGAGAUUAAGUGAAUUGGAAGAAGAGAAGCAAGAGCUUCAAGAAUAUCAACAACUAGACAGAGAGCAACGUGCUUUAGAGUAUACGAUGCAUGAGAAGGAAUUGCAAAAUAUACGUGCUGAGAUUGAGACAAUAGACAAACAACGACAGGAGGAGAGUGUGCGGUUGACAGAGUUACAUGAAAAGCUCAUGCACGUUCGGGCAAAAAGUAAUCAACUUGAAAGUGAUCAUCGUAGUAAAAAGCAAGAUCUAAUACAACUUGUGGAGGAGCGAAAGAGUCGAGAAGAGGAGCGAAAGGAACUGAUGGAGGCUAGAUACAAACUCGAAAUGGAAGCGGAAGAGCUGAAAGAACAAAUCCACACGGAUGGCGUACAGAGAUCCACAGUAUCGAAGCAAGUGGAAGUGGUGAAACGCGAAAUCGAAGCCAAGCAAGCCCAGCUAAAUCGUGAGAUUCUACCCGCACUUCAACAGGCAGAGCAAGCAUAUGACCAAGUGGCACGUAAACUUCAGGAGUGCAAAGCACAGUCAGAGCAUCUUAUUGCCAAGCAGGGUCGGAAAAGUCAGUUUCACACCCAGCAACAGCGUGACGACUACCUUCAGCGUGAAAUCAGUGAUAUCGAGGGACUGGUGCGCAGGAAAGAGUCCGACACAGCGUCGUUGCGACAAUAUAUUAAGGGCUUGGCGCAGUCGAUCGAGGGAUCUGAGCAAACGCUCCAGCAGCAGAUCGAUGAGCUACGUGAACACCGUCUUCAAGUGGACACUGUCGGGACGGAAGUGCUUCGUCUGAAAGAGCACCGCAACAUCUUAAAUGAAGAACGAAAGGCAAAGUGGCGCGAGGAUAACCAGAUAUCCUACCACGAGCGUGAGCUCAGAAAGAAGUUAAACAAUGGUGAAAAUGCUUUGCAGAGCACAAUGGGGUAUGGUGUCCGCCGUGGUCUACAGGCAGUGCAAGAGAUGAAAGAUCGGAUCCAAGGAAUUUAUGGACCCUUGAUCGACCUCGUAAAACCUGUUGAUGAACGUUAUUGUAUCGCUGCGGAUGAGGCUGCUGGUGGUGCUCUUUUUCAUGUAGUCGUAGAUACGGAUGACACUGCUGCACGUAUUAUGCAAGAAUUAGACAAGAGGAAUUUGGGACGGCUUACUUUUUUUACCUCUCAAUCGCUUGAAGAAAUUCGGAAGGGUGUUAUGGCCGCAUUUGGUAAGAAGUUGUUAUGCCCGGACUUGGACGCGUGCGGUCGGUAUGCUGAGCAGACAAACAUGGACUGCUUAACGUUGGACGGUGACAUGGUCCAUCGGCGUGGUGCUUUGAACGGUGGCUUUAAAGAUCCACGCCGAUCUCGUACCCGAGCAAUGAUGGAAGUGAAGCAGGCGCAAUUGGAUCUUGAAAGCAUCGUGAAAAAGGCUCGUAGAGUGAAGGCAGAAGGCCAAAAAGCUGAUCAGAAAGUGACCGGAGUGAUUAGUGAGAUUCAAAAGCUUGAGGCUGACAAACACCGCGUAAUUUCCGCCCACGAUCGCUUGUGCAGCGAGAUUUCACAACUUAAGAGCCAUAUUCUCACCCAAAAAGAAAAUUUGGCGCUGAGAGAGCGAAGCUGUGAACUUCAGGAACGAGAAAUAAACGCUUUGGUCGAAAAAAUCAAGUCGCUUCGCUCAGAACUUCUUUCGCCGAUGCAAGACACUUUGACAACUGACGAACAAAAGCUGCUGCACUCGUUGUCAACAACGGUCAUGUUGCUAGAGACAGAAGAACGAGAUCGAAGACAACAACUGGACGACGUACGUUCUCAACAAGAAAGCAUAAAAGCAGUUUUAGAUGAAAAUUUGAUCAGGCGUGAAAAUGAGCUGGUGAAGCAACUUGGCGAAGGAAUUGAAGGGCUUGCAGUUAAUGAGCGAGAAGAGAGUUUGAAAGCUAAGCAGAUCGACUUGCUUGAGGCGUCACGUUUAGUGGAUGACAACACUUCAUCGUUGAAGGACCUUGAGCAGAAAAUCAACACGUUGCAGCAGGAAAUAACAAGUGAAAAUAUGCAGGUGGAUGCAUUGAACGGAGAGGAUGUCUCAUUAAGUGACCAGAUUCAGCACGAGGCCCGGCGAGCAGAGAAGAUCUUGAAUAAGCGCCGGCGGCUGCUGAAGAAGCGUGACGACGUAUCCCGAGAUAUCCGGGAGCUGGGAACUUUGCCCAUUACUGAGCUUGAGGAGUUCAAGGUGCUGUCUUAUCAAGACGUGAUCAAGCAGUUCAAACGUCGAACUGAGAAACUACAGAAGUACAGCCACGUGAACAAGAAGGCGUUGGAUCAGUUUAUGAGCUUUCACGAGCAGCGUGCAACAUUUUUGGAAAGAAAAAAGGAGAUAGACGAUGCUUACAAUUCGAUCAAAGACCUGAUCGAUGUCUUAGACAAGCGCAAAGACGAAGCCAUUUUUCGCACGUUCAAAGGAGUGGCGGGCUUUUUCUCAGAAGUUUUUCGCGAGCUGGUACCAACGGGAGAAGGCAAGAUGAUUCUUGUUGCCGCGGAUACGAAUCAGACCAAUAACAUAGAUGGUGAUGAUACGUCGCGAAAGUCAAACGUCGACACGUACUCUGGCGUGCAGAUUAAGGUGAAUUUUCGUGGCGAGGGAGACUCCUACUUGAUGCAGCAGCUCUCGGGUGGUCAAAAGUCGUUGGUAGCCCUUGCUUUCAUCUUCGCAAUCCAACGGGUCGACCCAGCUCCUUUCUAUUUGUUUGACGAGAUUGACCAGGCAUUAGAUUCUACUCACCGAGCUGCGGUUGCGGCAUUGAUUUAUCGGCAAGCGCACUCGAAGGAGAGCCCGGCUCAGUUCAUCACGUCAACAUUCCGCCCUGAGCUCGUGAAUAUUGCUGACAAAUUCUAUGGCAUAGGCUACCAAAACAAAAUCAGCAAUGUCUACUCGAUGACAAAGGAAGAGUCCCUUGACUUUAUCUCGAAUAUCAUGGCGGAAGAAGAGGGUGUGACAGGACCGUAA